UCACCAUUAUGAAUACCUUAUUUAAACUAUGCAAAACCACCACUUCAAUCUCCAAAUUUUGUCUCAACAUGACAAUGUCUUUAGCAAGCUCCUUUUCUCUUCAUGUUCCAGUUACAGCUUCGAGUUCACCUGCAAACCAAGGCAACAAGAUCGUGAUGCUUGGAAAAAAACAGGUUCCGAACAAGAAAACACCCUUUAUUCAGAUCAAAUCAUUCUCCAAGAACAAGGUUUUUGAGGAUCAGUCUGAAGGUGUAAUCUGCUAUAGAGAUGAAAACGGAGAAACGGUUUGUGAAGGAUACGAUGAAGGGCCUCGAUUUCGUCAACGAACAUUCUAUCAUCUUAGAGAUGCUGAGAUCCUUGAUCUGCUUCAAGAUAGAUGGCUUCAAAUUGUUAAUGGUGUCAAUGAUUUUUAACAAGUUCCACUAAAGCAAGACUCUGUUAAAUCUUCAGUCAAUAUCAA